AUGGGUCGGUUCUUUCGAUUCGUUUUGUGCAAUGUUUUCGACCCGCCUUUGCGCGGUCGUCACGACCCGCCGUUGCGCGAUCCUUCCGUCCCGCCGUGGCGCGAUCCUUCCGACCCGCCGUUGCGCGAUCCUUCCGAUCCGCCGUUGCGUGGUCCUUCCGACCCGCCGUUGCGCGGUCCUUCCGACCCGCCGUUGCGCGGUCCUUCCGACCCGCCGUUGCGCGGUCCUUCUGACCCGCCGUUGCGCGGUCCUUCUGACCCGCCGUUGCGCGGUCCUUCUGACCCGCCGUUGCACGGUCUUUCUGACCCGCCGUAG